AUGCGCGGCGUGAUGGGGUCAAUCCUUGGAAAAAACAUUCGGCGACAACGUCGCCCCAGAUUCGGGAUGGAAUGGGCGCUUGAAUGGGUCGUUUCGCUCUGCUUUCCGUCUUCUGGACCUAAGGGCAUGUAGGUCAGAACGGUGGAGAUGGGCAGAUUCCGUUCGGCUUUGUAGCGAUCUGUUACCGACUUUCGUGGUAAUUUUAAGAUACUGCGUCCCAUUUUGAUAACGUGUGGAAGGGUUUGCAUGAUUUUGACGGAUUCUUGCGGUUACGUGUAGGAUUCGAUAAUUUUGGAGGAUUUUUGGGGUUACGGUACGUUAGUUUAUUUUUUUUUUCUUUACUUAAUUGAUGUAAGGAUGAUUUGUAGAGUCAUAAAACAAAAAAUUUUUUGCUUUUUUUAUGAAAAGUUUUUUAAAAAGUGCCUUCUAUGUUAUCACUUGAUCUUUUAUGUAACGCUUUAUGUAAUUUAGAACCAAUUUGAAGAAACAGUUUUUUGUCAUCAAAACUGUAACUUUGUUGAUUUUAAUAUCAUCUGAACCCUUAUUCUAAUCAUCUAAAUCUGCUGAUCUCAAACUUCUCCAAUAGUCCAUAUUAAUCAUCACAGUCUUUACAACUUUUCUCGGAUCGAAGCGAUUUCGUAAUAAUUUCUAUAAAAACCGACUGGACAUUAGCCUCGAGCCGGUCGUGACCUCACCUUUCGAGUAUCCCUGAGGCCACGUCGUUUUUUCGUCACGCUUGUCGCGUCGCGUGGUGGCGGUCCGCGCCUUCCCCUCCACUAUUCUGAGGUCGCGUCACUUUCUGUGUCAGAGUUCGUCAGACUUUUUUUGGCGGGCGACUCGGUGAGAGGCAGUGAAAGCGGGCGGCGACCCGCGACACCGACCGAAAAAACCGAAAGCGACGCAAUCGACCGCAACGUGAGACGAAGAGUGCACGGUCGAGAGUGGAGCCAGACGGGCAGACACUCGGCUGGGCAUUGGUCACUCGUUUACCGUUCGCGCGCCUGUUUUUUGGGAAAAACUUUUCGUGGAACUGGGUGGCAGGGAGAAACACUUGACUUGUUAUCACUUUUACGAAUUUUGUUACGGAUGUGGGCAUUGCGCAACGGUUUUUAUGGGCGGGUUUUGGCAUUUCCCACAAUUUCACGUGAACUUUCUCAAGAAUUUUUACGUGUUUUUUUUUAAAUUGACUAUUUUCGGUUUUUGCACUUUAAAAAUUGAAUAUUUAUAAUUUUUUAAAAAUUUUUACAAUUUUACUUUUUCUUACACGUUCUUUUUUUGUUUCAAAACGUAUAAUAAAAGUUUCCGAAUAAUUUUUCCACUUUUUCUUUAAUUUUGCGUGAAUUAAGUUAUUCUCCCAUCAUUAAUAUUACGCUCCUUUAGCUUCAUGUUGGACAACAUGACUGCCGACCCCGAAGUGUUGUCAGAGCCGCAACAAGCACCAUCAGAGUCAUCGUCGGCCGCUUCUUUGUCGCCUCCAAAUCAGUUUGCCUUCAGCCUUCAGUGUAACAACGAGAAGCUCAACGAAGUCAAAGUCUUCAACGACCCGAAGCCUUUCGAAUUGAAGAACGAGUCUUCUGACUCUGCUGAAGUCCCGGCUGACACUCCACUCGACGCUCCAAUUCAUGAAGUCAGAUGUGGCACGUUGAAUGCCAAGCUACACAUGCAACGCUUCACGUGUCCGGGGAUCCACAGACGUUGUAUCGAGUUCAAUGGCGUCAUGAUAACUCCACGUGAAUUCACGAUCAAAGCCGAGAAGGACAAGCAGAAGGACUGGAAAGGCUCCAUCAGGUUCGGCCGCUACAAUCUGAGGACGAUGAUGGAGACAAAAGGACUCGACUUCUACCACCACGAUACAAAUUGUAGCCUGAAGUGCCAGAGUCGCAAUUACAUCAAGAAUCGCAAGUCAGAAGCAUUGGAGAACGGAUUCUCGCUUUUGGAUUCUAUGGUUUCGAGUGCGGAAAGCCGUACCAGCUCCAACAAUGGCGAUCAUAACGAUGAAAAUGGGUAGGUUAAUGCUUUGGUAUGACUUUCAAUGUCUUCUUGAAAAUGAAAGUCGUACCUUUCUUUUGUAGUCAUAUGGUUUUUUAGAAACAAAGUAUGUAAAAAUGUUAAAGUAAAUCAAGUUUUGUACUAAAGAUGUAGGCAUUUCAGUGAUCUCCUCAGAAAACGAUCUUCUGUCCUGGACGACUAUGUUACCCAAACCAUCCAGUCCUUCAGCAAUGGAUCCCUGUCUCGGCUGAUGAAAGAAGAUGUCCCCCUAAAACAAGAAGAUAACUUCUCCUUCCCCAACACCAACUCCACCACAACUUCGGUCUCUUCCCCUCCAAACCCACAACUUCUGCAACAAGAGUUCACACAGCAACAACCAGAAGCCAACCUUCUUCUCCAUCAACUCCUAGAACAACAAAAACUCGUCCAACAACAACCACAACCUCAGCAACAACUCUUGCAAUCUUUGAUGCAAACUAUUCAGAAGUCACAGAAUCCUCAAGAUACGAAUGCAUUGUUGCAGAUGGCAGCUGUAGCGCUUCAGAUGAACAACCAGCAACAUCAGAUGCAACAACAACAACUUCAGCAAGGCAACUUCAACAUUCUGGAGCACUGUCUUCUGAAUCAGGGCAUCAACCAGCUGAACAACAAUGCCUCUGCCUUUCCGUUGCUACAACAGACCCAGCUACCGUACCUGAACGAGAACACCUUCAGUGUCUCGGCCAUCAAGAAGGUGAUGGAAGAGGAGCCACAGUUGUUCUGGUCGAGAAUGAAGGACCUGGGAUGUCUUGAUGAUAUGCUGGACUCAAUUACCGUAGCUGUUGACAGGCUCCGCUCUCUCUACAGUAAACGAGAGUCUACCAGUGGCGAGGAAGAGUUCGGUAUGUAACUGAUCUUGUUACUUUUAUUGUUUUGGUCAAAUCUUUUGGGUAAUUCUAUCAGACCUUACGUUUUUUGAUGGGGAUGGUGAGGUGCCAUUAACCUCAUUGUAACUGUGUUUCUUUCAGCAGCUCGCAGACUAUCAGGUAUGGCUAACCUCCUUGAUCUUGGGGGUGUAUUUGGCGAAAAAUUACAAGCCAAGUUCAUGCAGUCGGCUUUCGAAUCCCCGAUUAUGAGCAAAGAUAUGCAAGGUAAGCUCAAGUUUUAGUAAGCUUGACUUUUCUACAGUUCAGUAACAUAGUAACUAGACUAAUAUCAAAUAAUCUCUUUUCUAUUUUUAUUAACCUAUUAGUUUCAGUAACCCUCGCUUUACAACAGCUAGCCAAACGCCGCUCCCAGUCGUUCGAAGAGCUGAAGCCGGACUUGAAGAAGAUGCGGAUGGUCUAA